AUGGCCCACCCUUACAAAGCCAACGAUGAGGACAAGGAUGGGGACGAGGACCUGAAAGAUCUGGACCCCGCAGUAGCUGAGGACAUGGCCUUCGCCAAAGCCCUCCAGAACAGCUUGGAGGAGCAAGGGAAAGAUCCAAAGGACGACACCAAAGUCCCCAAUUAUACGCGUGAAUCCCCCGACGACACUGGUGAAGUCCCGCAGUUCUCAUUCACCGCCGAAGAGAUCGCACAGGAUGAUCAACGACGCGAGGAGGAUCUUUAUGGGCCUCCCAGCCCUCUGAAAGAGUCGCGUGCUGCCACUUUGUUGACCUUGGAGACGACCUCCGCGAAUAGCUCUGUGAAGGACGCCAGCAACCACGUCGCGAAUGAUACCACGGCCAAGAACAUGGCAAAGAGCGACGUGGCCGCCAAGGAGGCACCCUCGGCACCCAAGAUCAAGAACGAUCCUUUCGCAGAGAGGGUCCUGGCCAUCAAAAUUGCCAUGCUUCUCAGCACCGUUGAGUGUCCCAGUGCAUACCACGAGGCCCUUCAAGAGAACAUGUCCAGCUUUGAAGGCUCUGAGGGUGCCGUUGCCGCUGCCGCUGCCGCUGCCGCUGCUGAGGCGGAGCCUGGUGUUGAGGCUACUGAGGGCCCUGCUGACGCCAGUCGUAGCUGGAACUCUCCCAGCUCAUCGACUGCUGGCGUCGCCGGAUCUGAUCCCGGCCAGGCUUCUCCAGGGCAGUCGGCAGAUAUGGCCACUGGCCAUGACCAGACACCCACCUCAUCCCAGGUGCUCGUCUCCCCCGACGCUGCUGACGCUGCUGUCAAUCAGGCUGCCUUGGAAGCUAUAGAGACCUCCGUCAAGGAAGAGACCGGGACUGCAGUUGCUGGUAGUUCUGCAUACCCCGAGGGUUUCUCUUCCGCUCUCGACGAUGUUGUUGCCCUCAGCGUUGAUCACGAUGCCGAUGAGUCUGGCCGUGGUCAGCACUUCGAUGACGAAGUGGCUCGCACCCACGCGGCUCGUCUUACCACCAUCGAGGCCCUUCUAGCCAACGACAAUGCCCUCUUGGAGGCGGCUCUGAGUGCCCGUCUUGCAGGGCGUACCACUGGUGGCACGUCUGCAGCCUUCACCACGCAGGCUGCUCGUAACCAGAUCGCCCCUGCCGGCCCUUCUCACCAGGAAGCUGGUGGCUCUACCGGUGAUGAGGAGAUGAUGGACUGGCUGCUGGACGAGUUUGCCUUCAGUCCUCGUCCCGGUCCCGAGCAGGAGCAGUCUCCUCGCCACAGGUCCCAGCCUCAGUAG